UUUAAAUUGUGGAAAGUGAAUGAUAAUUUACAUCACAUAAUAGUCAUUCGCGAGUCAAGUGCAAUGCCUCCAACAAUACCCGAUAGUGCAGUUGCGCCUAAAUGUUCAGGCUUGUUUGAAGAGCUUGAAUCUAUAUUAAAAGAAAGAAUAAUGAUAUUUGAUGGUGGAAUGGGAACUAUGAUUCAGCGUGAAAGAUUAGAAGAACAAGAUUUCAGAGGAGACAUUUUCAAAGAUCAUCCUCGUAACUUAAAAGGGAACAAUGAUUUGUUAAGCCUAACUAAACCAGAUGUUAUUUUAAAGAUACACAAGGAGUAUUUAAAUGCUGGGGCAGAUUUUAUUGAGACAAACACAUUCAGUGGAACUUCUAUAGCACAAUCUGAUUAUGGUCUGGAAAAAUUAGUUUACAGGCUCAAUAAGGAAUCUGCAGAGUUAGCAAAGAAAGCCUGUGAAGAAGUAACUUUUCAAACAGGAGUUAAACGGUAUGUAGCCGGUGCUAUGGGGCCCACCAAUAGAACACUCUCUAUUUCACCAUCUGUAGAAAACCCAGAGUUUAGAAAUAUAACUUUUGAUGAACUGGUAGAAGCAUAUGCUGAACAAGCAAGGGGGUUACUAGAUGGAGGGUCAGAUGUGCUUCUGGUGGAGACCAUAUUUGAUACUGCAAAUGCAAAAGCCGCACUAUUUGCUAUUGAAAAUGUGUUUAUUUCUGGAUACACGCGUGUGCCAGUAUUUGUUUCAGGAACAAUUGUUGAUAAAAGUGGGAGAACUCUUUCUGGGCAGACAACCGAGGCUUUUGCAAUCAGUGUUUCACAUCUAAAGCCCAUGUGUUUGGGACUUAAUUGUGCUUUGGGUGCAAAAGAAAUGAGGCCUUUUAUAGAAGCCAUUAGCAAAAGCACUACAGCUUAUGUUCUAUGCUACCCUAAUGCAGGCCUUCCAAAUACUUUUGGGGAUUAUGAUGAGACCCCAGAGUCAACAGCAGCGCAAGUCAAAGAAUUCAUGAAGGAUGGGUUAAUUAAUAUAAUAGGAGGAUGCUGUGGGACAAGACCAUGUCACAUUAAAGCUAUUGCUGAAACUGCUAAACAUUUCAAACCAAGAAAACCUCCAAGUGAAUUUCGCAAGGAUUGUUGUUGUCUAGCUGGAUUAGAGCCAUUUUACAUCUCUCCUAUUACAAAUUUUGUCAACAUUGGAGAGAGGUGCAAUGUUGCAGGAUCUAAACGCUUCUGUAGACUCAUUAAAACAAGAAAGUUUGAGGAGGCGCUGAGUGUAGCAAGAGAACAGGUACAAAAUGGGGCUCAGAUCAUUGACAUCAACAUGGAUGAAGGCAUGUUGGAUGGGGCGGCGGCCAUGACAACUUUUGUUAAUCUCAUCGCUUCUGAGCCAGAGAUCGCCAAGGUUCCUCUGUGCAUUGAUUCAUCCAACUUUGCUGUAAUUGAGGCUGGCCUGAAGUGUGCCCAGGGGAAAUGUAUUGUGAACAGCAUCAGCUUGAAAGAGGGAGAGGACGACUUUCUCAAGAAAGCCAGGGUCAUCAAGCAGUACGGAGCUGCUGUUGUCAUUAUGGCUUUUGAUGAGGAGGGGCAGGCCACUGACACAGACCGUAAAGUAGCUAUUUGCACCAGAUCCUAUAAUCUACUUACCCAGAAAAUAGGGUUCAACCCAAAUGACAUUAUCUUUGAUCCUAAUAUUUUAACUAUAGCUACUGGUAUUGAUGAACACAACGGCUAUGGGGUUAACUUCAUUGAAGCCACAGCAAUCAUUAAGAAAACUUUGCCAGGUGCAAGAGUGAGUGGAGGGGUGUCCAACUUUUCCUUCUCAUUCAGGGGGAUGGAAGCUGUAAGGGAGGCAAUGCACAGUGUUUUUCUUUACCAUGCCAUCAAGGCUGGUAUGGACAUGGGCAUUGUCAAUGCUGGUGCUUUGCCUUUGUAUGAUGACAUAGAACCUGAGCUGUUGACAAUGUGUGAGAACUUGUUGUGGAAUAAAGAUCCAGAUGGCACAGAAAAACUUUUGGCUUAUGCUCAACAAAUGACACAAGGAAACAAAGUGAAGUCAACACAAGAGGAUGAGUGGAGACUGAAGUCAGUGGAGGAAAGGCUCUCUUACUCUCUUGUCAAGGGCAUUGAUAAAUAUGUAGUAGAUGAUACAGAAGAGGCUCGUCAGAAUACUGUGUUGUACCCCAGACCUCUUAAUGUCAUUGAAGGCCCACUGAUGAAGGGCAUGAGUAUUGUGGGUGAUUUGUUUGGCGCUGGGAAAAUGUUUCUGCCACAAGUCAUCAAGUCUGCCAGGGUGAUGAAGAAAGCUGUCGGCCAUCUUAUUCCCUACAUGGAGAUAGAGAGGCAGGCAAUAUUAAAGGCCAAUGGCCUCCCAGAGAAUGCUGAACCCAAUUACCAAGGCACAUUUGUUAUAGCUACAGUGAAAGGAGACGUGCAUGAUAUAGGCAAGAACAUUGUUGCUGUUGUCUUAGGGUGCAACAAUUUCAAAGUUAUAGAUCUUGGUGUCAUGUGCCCCUGUGAGAAGAUAAUUGAAACAGCCAUCAGAGAGAAAGCAGACUUUAUAGGAUUGUCUGGCCUCAUCACGCCAUCUUUAGAUGAGAUGAUUUUUAAUGUAAAAGAGUUUGAGAGGGUUGGUCUUAACAUUCCAGUCUUAAUUGGUGGGGCAACAACAUCAAGACAACACACAGCUGUCAAGAUUGCACCUCGCAAAUCAACACCAGUGGUCCACGUCUUGGAUGCAUCUAAGGCUGUUGUUGUGCUUUCUUCUUUGAGUGAUGCCACGGUGAGAGAAGAGUUUCUGGAGGAACUGAAUGAAGAGUACCAGGAGAUCAGAGAAGAACAUUAUGAAACUCUACAGGACAGAAAAUAUCUAACAAUUGAAAAAGCUCGGGAUAAAAAACUGGAAAUUGAUUGGACAUGUACGCCAUUACCAGUGAGACCUACAUUUAUUGGAGUGAAAACAUUUGAAGAUUUUGACCUGCAAACCCUAGUGCCUUACAUAGACUGGAGGCCAUUUUUUAAUGUGUGGCAACUCAGGGGGAAGUACCCAAACAGGGGUUACCCUAAAAUAUUCAACGACCCAGAUGUUGGAGCAGAAGCCAAGAAAGUUUUUGAUGAUGCCAACAAGCUGCUAGAGAAGACAAUAAAAGAGAAAAAAUUAAAAGCAACAGCCACCAUCGCCUUCUAUCCUGCCAAUAGUGUUGGUGAUGAUAUAGAGGUGUACGACGAGGAUGGUAACACCAUCGCUAUUUUGUAUGGGUUGAGACAACAGGCCCAGAAAGACAGUGCAGACAACUCUCCCUACCUGUGCCAGUCUGACUUUGUGGCAUCAAAAGACAGUGGCGUCAAGGAUUACAUUGGUUUGUUUGCCUGCACGGCUGGCAUUGGGGCAGAUCAGUUCUGCAAGGAAUACGAAGAAGAUAGUGAUGACUUCAACUCUAUCAAUGUCAAGGCCAUCGCAGACAGGUUGGCUGAAGCAUUUGCUGAGUACCUACAUGAGAGAGUACGCAGAGAGUACUGGGGCUACUCUUGUAGUGAGGACUUGAACACAGACGAUUUACUGAGGGUCAAGUAUCAGGGCAUACGGCCAGCAGCUGGGUACCCCAGUCAGCCUGACCACACAGAGAAGGUGACCAUGUGGCAACUCAUGAAGCCUGACCAAGUUGGCAUCACUUUGACAGACUCCCUGGCCAUGUACCCAGCAUCCUCUGUGUCUGGGAUCUACCUGGCCAACCCACAGUGUGUUUAUUUUGCUACAGACAAGCUAUGCAAAGAUCAGAUAACUGACUAUGCACAAAGGAAAGGUGUUGAUGUGACUGUUGUGGAGAAAUGGCUGAGAUCUUCCCUUGCAUAUGAUGAUGAUGAAGAGUAACCUUGACCUUGCCAAUGUAUUUACUUUCCCACCCAUCCCCCCCUACACCAUUUGCAUUUAAUAUUGCU